CGAACAUUUUCUAUAGCAUUUAAUAAAUUAUAAAUAUGGCCUGGCUCUGUGAUUUCCGCUGGAUAAUAGGUUCUGACUUUAUUCCAAACUGCAGCUAUGCAUUCGACUCUCAGAUCCCCAAAUAGGCUGUCUCAGCCCUUGCGUUCUCAGAUUGCCCGUGUUGGAAGGCGUGGUAUGCAGUCUGCAUCCACCGAGUCUAGGAAGGAAGGUGAUAUCUCGUCUGUCUUCUCCUCUCUCAGCGGUGAGGUCCAAAAGCCGCUUCCUCGGCGUUUUGCAGAGCAGAAACAGCGCUUGAUAAACGGCAAUGAAGAUGCAGUGAGGCAUGCAUGGAACACUCUCCUGCCCCAACUUCGUCGAGAGAUAGAAGAGAUUGAGAGCACAGGCCUGGCCAUUAUCCCAGAGCUGGACUUUAAGGACAUCGACCACCCAGAUACCCAGCAAGAUUUUGCUAAACGCCUGAAGAAGACAGGCGUUGCAGUCAUCAGAGACGUAGUGAGCGAAGAGGAAGCACUAGGCUGGAAGGCCGAGAUAAGAGAAUACAUCAAACAAAACCCCCAAACCAAAGCCUUCCCCCCCGACGACCCCCAAGUCUACGAACUCUACUGGUCGCGCCCCCAGCUCCGCGCCCGCGCCCACCCCAACCUCCUCGCCACACAAUCCUUCCUAAUGAGCCACUGGCGGUCCUCCUCCCCCACGGCCCCCCUCUCCCCCACCCUUCCCGUCUCCUACGCCGACCGUCUCCGCAUCCGCAACCCAGGCGACAACCGGUUCGCGCUCGGUCCCCACUGCGACGGCGGCAGCGUCGAGCGGUGGGAGGAUCACGGCUAUGGGCUGGGCGGCGUUUAUGACCCUGUUUUCCGUGGCGACUUGGCGGCGUUCGAUCCGUGGGAGUCUUCCAGCCGGUUGAAUGCUGUUAGUGAUAACUAUGGUGGCUCGGGUGCUUGUAGCAUGUUCCGCAUGUUUCAGGGGUGGAUGAGCAUGUCGACUACGGCGCCGGGGGAGGGCACGUUGAGGGUUAACCCGUUGUUUGAUAGGGCUACGGCGUAUUACUUGCUUCGGCCGUUCUUUGAGGCGGUAAGGGGGCCGGAGGGUUUGGGGAAGGAGGACUUCCUGGCGGUGGAUAAUUGGAGGUUGAAGAAGGAGCAGGAUUCGACGCUGGAGGGCGCGUAUCCGGGUCUGUGCCUUGAGUUAAAUGAUACGCUGCAUCCUCACCUUGAGCUAGAGAAGUCGAUGAUUAACAUCCCCGCCGUUCGUCCUGGCGACUACGUGGCAUGGCACUGCGAUACAAUUCACUCUGUCGACACUUCUCACACCGGUACCACCGACUCCAGCGUCAUCUACAUCCCCGCCACACCCCUCACUCCCGCCAACGCUGCCUACCUUGCUCGCCAGCGUGCCAAUUUCCUCAAGGGCUUCCCGCCGCCAGAUUUCCCAGGCGGAUUGGGAGAGCAGCACCACGUUGGUCGUGGGUCCGAGGCUGAUCUGGCAAAGGAGAGUAAGGAGGCGAGGAGGUCGCUGGGAGUUGAAAAGUGGAAUGUUGAGGGAAGCGAGGGCGUGAGGAAGGCUUUGGAGGAGGGAAACAAGGCACUUGGGUUUUAAAAGAGGGCUGUUCAAAGUUAUAAUAGUGGAGUU